CUCGAACAACCGCCCUCCUUCUUCCCCUCCUCGAUGUAUAAAUUCUUCGCCCAAAGGCCCUCCCUUAAUUCCAACUCUGCUUCAUCAAUUACCAUUAAACCCCUUGAGGAAUAAUUCGGACCUCCUUCUACAAACCAAAAGAAUCUAAUACGGGCUAUAAACAUAGAUCAAUAAUGGCGAGUUCACAAUACACAGAUAAGGCCGCCCAAGCCUUAUCGGACGCACAGGAUUGCGCAUCUCAAUAUGCUCACCCACAGGUAUGUUCUAUCUUGAUCCCUUGCCGUUUAGCAGGAUGCCAAAUUGGAGGCGCAGUUUGCCAAUAAUUAUGUCUGUGUUUCGUAGGUCACUCCGAUACAUCUUGUCUUUGCCUUAAUGAAUGGACCACAAGUCGAAAGUGGCACGGCACCGGCGGGAGCGGCGCCAGCUCCGUCGUCGCCCUCACUAUUUCACCAGGUGAUCGAUAAGGCAAAUGGAGAUUUUCAGACAUUCGAACGAGCGGUCAAGAAGGCGCUGGUACGGAUGCCUUCGCAGGAGCCACCACCAGACCACAUUUCAGUUUCACCAUCCUUUUCCAAGGUCCUCCGCGAAGCUCAGAAAUUACAAAAAACCCAGCGCGACUCCUACGUUGCUCAAGAUCACUUGAUUUCGGCGGUGGCCCAGGAUUCGGGGAUUCAAAAACUAAUAGUUGAAGCCGGAAUUCCAAAAGUCUCCCUUCUCGACGAUGCGGUCCAAUCUUUGCGUGGGACCAAGAGAGUGGAUUCACAGAAUGAAGGGAGUGUGGAGAGCGAGACUCUUUCAAAAUACUGCAUUGAUCUCACUCAGCGGGCGAGAGAUGGGAAAUUGGACCCGGUCAUUGGAAGAGAGCAAGAGAUUCUUCGUGUUGUUCGGAUCUUGUCUAGGCGGACGAAGAACAAUCCCGUUCUUAUUGGUGAGCCCGGAGUUGGGAAGACCAGUGUUGUGGAAGGGUUGGCAACCAGAAUAAUCAAUGCCGAUGUUCCUGCGAACCUAGCUAGGUAAGUGACAAUCCACACAAUUUCCUAUCCCGAAGAAAUCCUCUAACGUUGUCUUUAGUUGCAAGUUAAUCUCUCUCGAUGUCGGAGCUCUCGUCGCAGGAACGAAAUACCGGGGAGAAUUCGAGGAUCGCAUGAAGGCAGUGUUGAAGGAGAUUGAAGAUUCUAAGCAAAUGCUUGUACUCUUCAUAGAUGAGAUUCAUCUGCUGAUGGGAGCCGGGAGCACUGGAGAAGGUGGAAUGGUAAGUUGUUAUCAUCCAAUACGUAGGCCCUACAUAGGCUAAUUCCCUCUAUAGGACGCGGCAAAUCUCCUCAAACCCGCACUCGCUAGAGGCCAACUCCACUGUAUUGGCGCCACAACACUGGCGGAGUAUAGAAAAUACAUCGAAAAGGAUGCCGCUUUUGAACGUAGAUUCCAGCAAGUUUUGUGUCCAGAGCCGAGCGUUCCCGAAACCAUCUCAAUUCUUCGAGGUCUUAAGGAGCGUUAUGAGGUGCAUCACGGCGUGACGAUCAGCGACGGAGCUAUCGUUGCUGCCGCUACUCUUGCAUCUCGAUACCUCACUGCGCGUCGUCUUCCUGACUCUGCUAUUGAUUUGAUCGACGAGGCCGCAUCUGCAGUCCGUGUCACUCGAGAAUCCGCUCCCGAAAUUGUCGACACUCUCCAACGCCGCCAUAGGCAACUCUUGAUCGAAAUUCAUGCUCUUGAGCGUGAAAAAGAUGAGGCUUCUAGGACAAGGCUUAACGAUGCAAAGAGGGAGGCGGCGAAUGUCGAGGAAGAACUCAAGCCUCUACGCGAAAAGUAUGAGUCCGAGAAACGCCGGUCGACAGAGCUUCAGGAAGCGAAAAAGAAGCUUGAUACUCUCACUGCGAAGUGCGAGCAGGCUGAGCGUGUUGGAAACAUCGAUAUAGCUUCUGAUCUGAAGUAUUACGCUAUCCCUGAACUCAAGAAAUAUAUUGCCAAGCUCGAGGCCGAUAAGCUAGAAGCCGAGCAGGACGCUGCCAUUUUAUCGGCAAACGGCGCUGGCGAGAAUAAUCCUAUGUUGACAGAUCUGGUUGGCCCCGAGCAGAUCAACGAGAUUGUGGCCAAAUGGACUGGUAUCCCGGUGACAAGGCUGAAGACUACCGAGAAGGAGAAGCUGUUGAAUAUGGAGAAGUACCUGUCGAAGCAAGUCAUCGGACAGCGCGAGGCUGUUAAAGCGGUAGCCAAUGCCAUUCGAUUGAGCCGAAGCGGUCUCAGCAACCCUAACCAACCAAUCGCCAGUUUCUUGUUCUGUGGACCUUCUGGGACUGGUAAAACUUUGCUGACGAAAAGUUUGGCCGAGUUUUUGUUUGAUGACCCUAAGAGCAUGAUCCGCUUUGAUAUGUCUGAGUACAUGGAGAAGCAUAGUGUAUCCAGACUUAUUGGUGCUCCACCCGGAUAUAUUGGACACGAUGCUGGUGGUCAACUCACCGAAGCUCUUCGCCGACGCCCAUUCUCUAUCCUCCUCUUUGACGAAAUCGAGAAGGCAGCCAAGGAGGUUCUCACCGUACUUCUACAGCUCCUGGACGAUGGACGCAUCACAGAUUCCACUGGCAGAGUCGUGGACGGCAAAAACACCGUAAUCAUUAUGACGAGCAACCUCGGAUCCCACUACAUUACCUCUCGCUCCCACUCAACAGACGGCAAGAUCGACCCAACGACGAAGGAACUCGUGAACGAAGCGAUAAGGCAGCACUUCCUCCCCGAGUUCAUCAAUCGCAUCUCCAGCGUCGUCAUAUUCAACCGUCUCGCAAAGAGGGAGAUACGUAGGAUCGUCGACCUCAGGUUGAUCGAUAUCCAGAAGCGCCUACAAAGCAACAACCGCAAUGUCCAAAUCCAGGUUGAUGAGCAGGCAAGGGACUAUUUGGGCGAAGCCGGUUACUCUCCUAGUUACGGUGCGCGUCCAUUGAACAGAGUCAUUGAGAAGGAGGUCCUCAACAAGCUUGCCAUCUUAUUGCUUAGAGGUGCUAUUAGAGAAGGGGAAGUCGCAUAUGUCACCAUGGACGAGACUGGACGUCGGCUUAUCGUCCUACCGAAUCACGAUAGCGAUGUCGAGGACGACGAAGAUAUGGAUUAUAUCGAGGGAGAGGAUGCCCUAGACGCGGAAGGUGGUAAUGAUAUGGAUGUUGAGGAGCUGUAUGAUUAAACUCGUACUUUUUUCAUGUAGAUUAGUUGAGUUUCUCGCGCUAUUCUUUUCUUUUACUAGUGCCAUAUUUCUUUGAUACGCCUAUUGUGUCUAGUGUUUCUCGUUUCGAGGCACCUUUUCUCUCUCUUUGCUUUACCCGUCUUAUUCCCCGGGGCGGGUUCUCAUAGGUACUCUUCUGUUCGUUCCUGAGCUCUCCCUCCCCCUCUUCCUAGGGUAUCUAAUUUCCUUGCUUCCGUGUCGCUGGGACCACCGACAUACCUACUACAUGUCUAUGGUAGAAAAAUGGAGUCUCGAAGAUUGCCGAGUUGGGGUCACUUUUUACAAUUAGUUACCGGUCGCUUUGCCAACCCGGAGAAGAACCUCAUCUUAUUUCAAUCCAACCCAGGGAAGCACUACUAACUUAUCACACAUCUCUCCCCCCCCCUCCACAAACGAAACACUGUGCCAUACAGUACAUUGAGCAAGAGCACAGUAUGCACCGUAGCAGAGAACGCUAUUCUAUUAUGGAACACCGCAUAUCCCAAACCCCAAGUCAGCCCUUGAGAACAAACUAUCUUAUACCAUAGUACAGCGCUGUGCCUACCUACGUAUUAUAUAGUCUACAUCCCAGCAUCAUAAUCCGCAACGAGGCGUCCACCCCUGUGCAUAGUAUAUACCGUAUGGUACUCGUACAGCACUAUUCACAUCUCCCUAAGGCAGCUAGACAAGCAAGUGAUCGCUACCCAACAGCCCAACCAACCAAAUACCAAAUAAUAUCUAUGAUACCAUACCUCACUUCCUGACUCACAAUACAGGUAGUCGUAUCACACUCAGAAUAAAAACAAAAAAAAAGCGCGGCUCAACAAGUCGAUGUUUACCGUUGCACAAACACCAUCACCGCCAUCACAACCACAAUCAAACCGCCAAACUCCCUAGAGGGAGCUA